AUGGCGACAAUCGAUAAGUCUUGUACCAAAAUCAGAAAUCGUGGUUGCCAUGAAUUUUGGAAUGGUCUACAAGCCUUUUUAGCAAUGACAUCAGAACAUAAGGAUUGUGAUGGACGAAUACGAUGUCCUUGUGUGAGAUGUAUAAAUAGUAGGUUUGAAAAAAUAGAUAGGGUUAGAGCACACGUAUUUGAUCGAGGUUUUAUGCAAGGAUAUGAGAAAUGGAUUUAUCACGGGGAGCCUGAGGAUGCCGUCGUUGAUGUAGCAGUUGCCGAUGUUGAAUCAGAGGAUGAAAUGAUUCCUAUUUUAGAAGACUUCUUUCCCUCGACAACUGAGGAACCACAAGGAGAAGAUGAACAACCAACCACAAACCCACAAUUUGAUGACUUAUUUGAGGAAAUUGAAGCUGAAUUGUAUCCCGGUUGUGAUUGGAUUUCAUCUCUUAACUUUUUAGCAAAGCUAUUGCAUUUAAAAGUUAGGGGAAAAAUUCCUAAUAACAUCUUUGAAGAAUUAUUGAAGCUUUUAAAGUUUGUGUUUCCGAAGGAAAAUAAUAUUCCAUCAACUUACUACGAGGCAAAAAAGAGAUUGAAGAAAUUAGGCUUGGGUUAUGAUAAUAUCGAUGUCUGUUUGUAUAAUUGUUGCUUAUUUUAUAAGGAAAAUGCAUCCAAGGAGGCUUGUCCAGUUUGCGGAACUAGUCGUUGGGUUACUUCCGAGAACGGGAAAGGAAAAAAAGUUCCUUGCAAAGUCAUGCGAUACUUUCCGUUAACACCUCGACUUAAAAGAUUAUAUAGUUCGAGGAUUACAGCGAAAAGCAUGAUAUGGCAUCAUACUGGAAAAUCAAAAGAUGAUGGGGUGUUGCGACACCCGGUCGAUGGUUUAGCUUGGAAAGACUUUGAUGCAAAACAUCCCGAGUUUGCAAGGGACCCAAGAAAUGUUCGACUUGGGUUAGCCGAUGGAUUUAAUCCAUUUGGCAACAUGAGUCUUGCAUACAGCAUGUGGCCAGUGGUGUUGGCUAACUAUAAUCUACCACCUUGGUUAUGUAUGAAAGAUAAUUAUUUUUUGCUCUCUACCCUAAUUCCUGGUGCAAAAUCUCCAGGUAAAGACAUGGAUAUAUUUUUAAGACCUUUGGUGGAUGAAUUAAAGGAGUUGUGGAAUAAUGGGGUAGCAACGAGAGAUAGUUCGACCAACUCGAAGUUCACCAUGCGUGCUGCGCUUUUGUGGACAGUGAAUGAUUUUCCUGCUCGUAGUAGCUUGUCUGGGUGGAGUGGUCAAGGUUACAAAGCUUGCCCUACUUGUAAUGAAGACACGACGUCCAUUCGAGUGAUCGGGAAGACAUCAUAUGUUGGUCAUCGAAGGUUCUUGCCAAGUAACCAUGCAAUGAGAAGGGAUACUCGAUUUGAUGGUAAAGUUGAAAGAAGACCUCCUCCAAGACGAUUUACUUGUGAAGAAAUAUUAUCACAAGUUAAUGCUCUCGAACCCCAAAUUCCCGGACAUCAUGAAAAUUUUGGGGGCGUGAAACGUAGAAGAGUUGCAGAAAAUUGUAAUUGGAGGAAAAAAAGUAUUUUCUACGAGUUGGAGUAUUGGAGCACGAAUAUUUUAAAACACAACAUUGAUGUGAUGCAUGUUGAGAAGAAUGUGUGUGAUAGUCUCCUAGGAACCAUCUUGGAUAAUGAUAAAUCAAAGGACACAACCAAUGCGCGCCAUGAUUUAAAGAAGAUGGGUAUUAGGGAAUCGUUGUGGAUUUAUGAAGAUGGGAAUGGGAGGCUAAUGAAACGGCAUGCUCCUUAUGUUUUGACUCGUGAGAAAAGACAACUUUUUUUGUCAGUUUGUUAA